ACUGUUGCCACUGCCGCUCCCGCCGGGUUAAACCUGCCUUUGCAGCUGGCAGAGGCGGCGGCUGGCUCUUUUUGCAGCUGAGCUGGGGUCUUGGGCAGAAGGAAAGCAAGUGGCCAGCUGGCUGCAUCUUCGCCUGCUCCUGGACGGGUAGAGGGAAUGAGCCAUGGAGCCCACUGGACCCAGAUGCCCAGAAAGCAGAGGGCAGCCACAACAAGGCGGUUUGGAGGAUGACAAGGCCUUUUAUGAAAACCUCUCCCCCCAAAAGAAGCCCAAAUCGCCAAAGCCGCAACACGCCAUCACCAUUGCUGUGUCCUCCCGAGCCCUCUUCCGCAUGGAAGAAGAGCAGAAGAUUUACACCGAGCAGGGCGUGGAGGCCUACGUGAAGUAUCAGCUGGAGCACGAGGAGGAGCCCUUCCUGCCUGGAGCGGCUUUCCCUUUUGUCAAGGCUCUGGAAUCGGUCAACAUCCAGCUGCGGGAACUGUUCCCAGACAGUGAGGAACUUUUUGACAUUGUCCUUGUGACCAACAACCAUGCGCAAGUGGGUGUUCGCUUGAUCAACAGCAUCAACCAUUACAAUCUCUUCAUUGAGAGGUUUUGUAUGACUGGUGGGACUAGCCCCAUUUGCUACUUAAAGGCCUACCACACCAACCUCUACUUAUCCUCGGACUGUGAGAAAGUGAGUGAGGCCAUAGAAGAGGGGAUCGCAGCUGCCACUAUUUUCACCCCCAAGAAAGAUGUGCAAGUCUCAGAGAAGCAGCUUCGUGUUGCCUUUGAUGGAGAUGCUGUGCUGUUUUCAGAUGAGUCAGAGCAGAUUGUGAAGGCUCACGGCCUAGACAAAUUCUUUGAGCACGAGAAGACUUACGAGAACAAGCCUCUUGCUCAGGGGCCACUGAAGGGCUUCCUAGAAGUGCUGGGGAAGCUUCAGAAGAAGUUCUACACCAAAGGCCUCCGCCUGGAAUGCCCCAUCCGCACCUACUUGGUCACAGCUCGAAGUGCUGCCAGUUCCGGGGCCCGAGCCCUAAAGACUCUCCGGAGCUGGGGACUAGAAACGGACGAGGCCCUCUUCUUGGCCGGCGCACCCAAAGGCCCCUUGCUGGAGAAGAUCCGACCACAUAUCUUCUUUGAUGACCAGAUGUUUCACGUGGAGGGAGCAAAAGAAAUGGGCACUGUCGCCGCCCAUGUUCCUUAUGGGGUUGCCCAGAAGUACAAGCUCUCAGGACAAAGAAAGGUAGCUCAGGACGCCAAGUAGUGCCCAGGGAUGGCCUGGCCUGGGUCAGCGCUUGGUUGAGAAGGAUGUCUCGGUUGCUGAGCGCCAACCUCUAGGAUGACUAGAAGCAAAGGUGUUGGGGUGGUCCAUGAAGGAUCUGCUGCUGCCUGUACAUGUUGCACUUUAUGCUCUUCCCCACCAGAACAAUAGCUGUGUCCCACACACUCCUGCAGGGCCCUUGGAGCAUUUGCAGGGGCUUUUUAGUGUCCCUCCUGUAAUCAAGAGUGCUUCAAGAUAGAACUUGCCUUCUCUUCCUCCAAAAUGGGAUCAUUUUGCAUCUGGGGACAUUUUCUUGUGACCUAUGCUAGGUGAACUUACAUAUGUCACACUCUCACAAGUACAGCAUGCAGGAAUUGCUGACGAGGCCCAUGGGAGCCUUGUCAAAAGACCUGCUUGCAAUCUUCUCUUGUUUGCAAAAAGGCCAUUUGUUGCUGGUUACAUGGCAGAGACCAGCUUGAAGCAUUCAGCCGAGGGGAGCCUGCUUGGGAAGAGGGAAGUCCCUGUGAUGAGCCAGCAGAGGCUCAUCAUUUGAGAGAAAUUCUCCUGCCUCCCGUCUCUUCUGGCCACAGGGGGAGGGGGCCAUUCAUUGUCCUCCCCUCCAAAGUGCCACUGCCAGGAAAGGAGUUCUGAGGUUAUAAGCAUAUUCAUAGCCACAGAAGCUGCCUUGUUUGCCAAGCACAUGGAGCGACUUCACGUGUCAUUCAGGAUGCAGUCUUUCCUGUGAGCCAGGCAGGAGCGAAAGUGGGGAAAGUGGGCUUUGGCUCUGAUUUUGAAUGCAAAAAUGAGCCUUGGGUAAAUUCGGGCUCCAUGUGAGAGUCACACAGUGUUCCACAAGCAAGAAGGGGGAGAGGGCUCCCUUUACAACACUGACCACCCUUUGGGGGAAGGAGAAGAACACACAAAGCCUUUUUUCCUUUUCCUUUCCAAGCUUUGAGGUUGCAGGCUGAGACCAGAAGCAGACAGCCACAGCUCAAAUCCCGACUCAAUGUGGAAACUCAGAAGGUAGUCUGAACAAGUUGCUCACUCUAAAUAUAUUAAAUUUAAAAAGUGGAAGCCAUCGCCUCCCUCCAAGGGCUCCUGAGAGCUUUUCAUCCACAGCAUCAGACCAGAAUGGAAUCAAAGGAUCCUAGGGUUGGAAGGGACUUUGGAGGUCUUCUAGUCCAACCCCCUGCCCAAAGCAGGUGUCCUCAAUGAAGUUUCUUCCACUUUCAGUAUGACUGCACAUUACUCUUGGGAAAAGAUCCAAGAAACAAUUUCCCCAUGGAACUCACUGCCCCAUUCUUUCCUUUUGCAGAAAUAAUUUUUCUUCAUCUUCAUGAUUGUGAGUGAAACACCGUCACAUCUGCCUGACUUGAUGGAAGG